AUGGAAGAGUUUGAUAUCUAUCGAAUCCCGCCGGAGUCACCAGAUUGGUACUUAAUCGAACCUACUUUCUUCUGCAGCCAAACCCAAAAGACUGCAAAAGAGAAGCCCAAGGAAGAGGUAUCCAGGUGAGCAGCAAUCUCCGAAUUUGUAUCUUCAUAUCUUUCUCAGAGGCGUUUCGGCUUAUGCGUUAUUUUUCCGCGAGCGACAGCUGGCUGAAAAACAGAGAACGCCGCGGGCUUCCUUCGGGGAACUUUCGAAGAGAAUCGCUCGCCAGUGGGACAGCCUUAGCCAACAACAAAAAAUGGUUAGUCUCGUUUUGUUAGUUGCUCGCUUUCUCAAAACUUUUGCUCUGGGUUUAUUUUUUUUGCAAACUCAUAGAACCAUGGAAAUAUUCAUUCCUUUGAGAAAUGCAGGUAAAAGGAAUUCAUCUCAUCUACUAUUUUCGUUUUUUCGUUCUCGUUAAGUUGACUAAUUUAACUAAAACAGGAUCUGUAAUGUUGGACUCAUGGUUAGAAUUGAAGUCUUUUCAAAUUUUUUUGAUUCGUAGAUGUUCUCGAUAUUUUUUCAACUCUGCUCUCACAUAGUAAUCUCUCGGUUUUCUUUUUUUGUAAUUAAAAAAAAUUAUUUUUUUAAGUCAGUACUGCUUUGUAAGCUGGGAAAAUCUGCGAAGAGACAUCAAAAUUGCUGUUGGAAAGAACGUGAAUUUUUGAGCUUUUGAGUUUUUUGAUUCGGUUUCUUUUCUUCUCAAUAGCUAUCAAAAAACGUUAUUUUUGUGUUAACUUGAAAUUUCUCAGAAAUUCCAGCUGGUAGUCGAACUUAGAACGAGCCUAUUGCAGAAUUACAAACGUCGGUGCGAAAUGAGCAGAAGUUUGGACAUGACGAAAGCCGUAGAAGAACGAGCACGGCGGCUAGUUUUACAGUCUGCAAACUUUUCCACAGUGCAAAUCGCUUCUGGAAACUGCAAAUGAAUGUUUUUGAUUUCCGUCGAAAAUGGACAUGUUUUCUCAUUUCAAACUGUUUGCUUCGACAUCAAGAAAACACCGAAAAUCUGGCCGAAUAGUAUUGAGAGGUAGAAAGAAAUUAAAAAGAGGCAGUGAUAACCAGUUGAAGUAAUUGUCGUCUGUUCACGGGAAACGCGUCAAGUCAGUGAUAAGCUUAUCGCAGCAAAUGAUACUGAUCGACAUUUGUCGAGCUUUUCUUUCUUCAUAAGAUAUUUUUAUUACCUUCAAAGUUUCCAACUGUCAACAACCGAAAACAAACAGUUUGGUAAAUUCGAAAUUUUCAUGUGUUUUCUGUGUUUAUUUGGCAGUAAAUAAUGAGAGAAGAUCGUUUCAAAUUUUAUAUUAGACCAACUAAAUCACUAUCAGGCUGUGAAAAAUGCUAAGUAUUUUUUAAACACACCUAAUUUGAAAUUCUGAAAUCUAAAAGUAAUUAACAAGAUACCUCAUCUUACGGAAAAUCUUAACUUUUCUUAUUUUAAAAAGUGAAGAAAAUGUGGUACUACAGGGAAAAAGUCAUCCAGUCGUUUAAAAUGAAAAUCCAAGAGAUUCUACUAGUCAUGGUUGAAGACUCGUGCAAAAACUUUCAGCAUAUUGACUUCCAAGCUCCUUCAAACAUUAUUUCUUUCUCUCUUGAAACUACUACGAUUUCUCAGCUAGAAGUUCUGUUCAUGUGAAGAAAGAAAAGAGCUCCGAAGAUGGGGCGGAGGAAAGGUCGGUCGUUAUCAGACAAGUCUACAGGUACGCCCCGCGAAUGAAGAUAAGAAAUCAGAGCAGCUCUUCAGCACUUUUCUAUCAGUAACUUCUUGACGUCGCCGUUUACUCUCUCUCUCGAAAACUUCUUUUUCUUUCAUCCUUUUUUUGGUUUCCUAGAUCACCGCGUAACAAUUCAAGGCGUUCUCCAAGUUUCUUUUCUCCGGAUCGAUAAGCAAGGCGGAAGACCGCAAAAAAAACCUCACAAAAAAGGAACGCUUUUCCCUCGCUCUCCUUCUUUCCGUUCUCUCGGCGUGUCUUUGGUGAAUUAGCUCAAAACUGCAGGAAACUCCGCGCUCCGGAGAGAGCUUGGAAGGAAAGCCGUACCGCACAGACUUGUGGGUGCUGUGUGCGUUGAAAACCGCCACAGCUAACCUAGGUAAAUUCGAGUUUAUUGAGAGAAUAACAGUAUCUUCUCUAGGGUCUCAACACAGCCAAAAUCCAGACGGUGCGUCAGCAGCGUUCACCCGACGAGUCGCCACCUCCCCGUCCUCCAUCGGACGUCUCCGUCGAUCGGUUAGUUGGUCCAAUCAUGGUCUUGCUGAGAAAGGCUUGAACAGGAGCAAUUUCAACAAAUAUGGCAAUAAUUCAUACACCGGCUAAGCCCCACCCCAGCCUUUUGCGCGCGAAAAAAAAAUUGAAAAUUUACUGAAGUAGGCCGCACUUUUUGGGGGGUAGGCCGCAGUUUGAGGGGGGUAGGCCGCACCCCGGGGUGGGAUUCAGCCGACCUAUGCAAUAAUUUUCCAUAUCAAAAUGGAGAGAGAACUUGUAGAAAGAGGAGUUCAUUGCUUUUUGUUAACCAGGGAAUGGUCUCAGCUCACAGUUGGACUUCUGAAUGAGACCAUAGUCUCUAGAUGUAGUUUUUCACGGAUUUGGAAUCAGCGUGAAAAACUACAUCUAGAAAAUAUGGUCUCAUUCAGAAGUCCCACUGUGAGCUGAGACCAUUUCCUGGUAAGAAUAUAUACUCUAGCAUUCGCCACGUUUGAAAAAAAAAACUUUUUCUCGGACGCAAAAUAUACUGCAGCUAUGAGCUAGAGCGCUAUAUUUUUCGCAAAGUAUUUUGGUUCUCAAUUCUAAAAAAAAAGUUUACAGCGACAACCCAUCCAAAGCAAGGUCAACGCGAUCGAAGCCACUCGACGCAGACCAACGUUCUCGAUUCCGCUGAUCGAGGUGAGCUCGUCUCUAGGAUCCUGAAAACACCUCACUUGUUCAGGAUUGCAUGGGUCCUGACACCAAGACCCGCAUCCUCGUCCUCUAUCGUCGUCCUCCCUAGCGGGUCUCUAGGAAGCCCUCACCCAACGUCAAAUCAUUCAAAAACCAGCUUCACGCAAUUUUUUUACAAAAACCAAAAAAGUUUCUUCAAAUUUCAAUGGUACAAUUAGAAUUUAAAUUUUGAAGAAUGUCCGUCGGAGUUGUCAGCGACUGCACUCAAACGCUCCAGGAGCUCGAAAAUGUGCCCAUCGAAGAAUACUUCUUCGAAGGGGCCGAGAAACUGUUGGAAAUUUGGUUCACUAGCGAGCAAGGCGCGUUGACCAAAGGCCUACGAAACAUUCCACGUAGCGAAAUCGACCGGAUGCUCGAAGUCGCCUGUUGCAAGGUGCUGCACGCCAAGAGCAACGAGUUGAUCGACAGCUACGUCCUCAGGUGAGCGUCGCAUUUUGAGAGAAAAUGCGCCGUUUUCAGCGAAAGCAGCCUGUUCGUCUCCUCACACCGCAUCAUCAUCAAAACGUGUGGCGCCACAAGACUUCUCGCAGCUCUCCCAGUUCUCAUCAACCUCGCGAGCAAAUACGGCCAGCUCACACAGGUCGGGAUUUUUUUUCCAGUCAGGAGUUGGAGCAAUCGGAUUCAGGUGCAAUCUGUCUACUACUCGCGCAAAAAUUUCUUGCGGCCGAUGCUCCAACCGAACGUCCAUCGCAACUUCGAUUCGGAGGUCGCCUACCUCGACAGUUUCUUCGAAGACGGCCACGCUUACUGCCUGGGUUCUCUCAAGCAGGACCGCUGGUACCUUUAUACAAUGCAGCGUGAGAUGCCUCAUCCAGUGGCCAAAAGACCGGUUGGUCUCUGUUCCAAGGAACUGCUAGAUGAGGAAAGUUCCAGGAUCACACUCUCGAGAUUCUGAUGAGCGAGCUUGACGACGACGUAUUGCGAAAGUUCAACAGAGAUGUUUGCAUCGAUGGCCCUGACUGCUUUGUGGUGAAUAUUUUCACUCCUGUGGAAUAUGGCUGGGGAAAACUUGAAUGACUUCGUCCUAAACUUUUAGUCGCGAGCUCUAAAUUCAGGUUGAAGGGAAACAUUUUACAGAGAAGUGGCAUCGACAAAAUCAUACCAGCCGGCGCGGAAGUUCACGACGAGUUGUUCGACCCAUGUGGGUACAGCAUGAACGCCUACAUGAACGAAACGGUAGGAGAACACCUUGGAGCAGAAAUGAGUCGGAGACAGGACCAAUACGCGACAAUCCAUGUGACUCCGGAAAAAGAAUUUUCCUUCGCUUCUUUCGAGACCAAUCAGGACCUCGUCUGUCUUCGUCAGCAGACGCUCAAGGUGCUGAAAUGCUUCAGGUACCCAUAAAAAAGCUUUUGAGCUUUAUCUAUCUUCUGAUCAAUAGACCAGGCAAAGUUCUCAUGACCGUUUUCGCCAACGACGUCUCUCUCAAGGGAAAAGAUGCCCAGCAGCACCUUUGGGAGCGUGAACUUCCAGGCUACCGUAGGACAAACGUGCAGUUCCUCCGACUUGAGGUUUCGGCGACGUUUAGCGCAGUAGCCAAAUGGAAAAUGUUCCAGACGGAGACCCUGGUAUACGCCAACUUUAUUCGCAAGUCUGGCUGCGACACGUCCAGCGACGAGGACGAGGGCGAACGCAGUGACUAGAGAACGAACUGCGAUCAAUUCAUUCGUUCAUUCAGUUAAUUUUUCCCCUAUUUUCUCGAUACUUUCAGCUUUUUUAUAAGUUUUUAAUUCUACAUGAGGAAUUAUUUUUAGCGUUGUAUCCUUUUUCACCCUGCUCAUGAUAUCUUGUCCAAAUCGAAAAAGAAAAACACACAUCUUCAAAAAUGAUAAACCCAAGCGCCCUAACGAUGUUGUAAACGCUUACAAAGGGAAACUUGCUGGGCUUAAAAAAACUUUCACGAAAAAAAUAGAAUAAAAAAAUUUGACUCCCCAACUGAACUUUUUGGUCGUAAUUUUUUUCCAUGUUUGAUAAAGAAUUUGUAACCGCUGUGUUUUUGUAAACGAGUUAUUCUUUUUUUAGUUUUUCUUUCUCGAGUCUACCUUUGCUACUAUAAAUAUAUCUUGGGAAGUCCGCCUCAUUACGAUGUCUGAUCAGACUUGCGCUUUUGCAACCGACAAUUUGAGAAAAUAUUAAAAAAGUUUCCAAAAUUUUGAGGUUACAACCACUACAGUUAUGUCUGUGAAAAUUACUUUUUUUUAACCUCAAGUCGAACUUCACCCAUUACUGUAAUCAUUUUUUUUUCCUGCUUGGCGAAUAGUCUAAUCUUUGAAAAUGACAGAAAAUUUUUAUAGCUGAUUCACGGCUGGCUUGAGCCAUCGAAAAAAGGGUCGUGACAGGAUAAUGCAUGAGAUGUGCCUGGCUCGUGGAGAGCGCAGACAGGCCACGCCCCUUUAGUGUCCCAAGCUAGGUGUGAAUCAGAUAUAGUCUGUUCAGAUUUUGAAUGUCAAGUCGUCGCUCAAGCUCCGCCCAUAAUGGCGCGAUAAACCAAUCAGAGAGCGAGCCAUCCACAGAGUGUUUUUGAAUGACGUCAUUGCACUUGACAUUCAAAAUCUGAACAGACUAUAUACUGUCAAAUUCCACAAGAGCUCUUGAGACUACUUCCGUGUUAAAUGCUCCCCGCAACAAACCAUUCUUUUUCAACAACACAACAAAAUUUCAUACAAAAUAUAUAGCCGUUUCACAGCUAGUUUUAGACGCAAAAAGGGGUGGCCUGUCUGUACUGUCCAUCAACCAGACACUAUCUUUUUUCUUAUCGUUUCAGGACCCUUUUUCGAUGGCUCAAGUCAGCCGUAAAUCAGCUAUAUAUUAAUGAACUAUGAAAUCUGAAAAUGCAAAAUUUUAGAAAGCAUUUUCGGUAUCCAUUCCACAAACGGUUGUUUGUAUUUAUUUGUACUUAUAUUUCGCCAAAAUAACUUUAAACGCGCCAUGAAAUUUGGAACCACGUCGAUAAACAAAAGAAAAUUACUUCACGAUGAAUCCCACGUUCAAAACGAGUCAUUUUCAGAAUAUUUGGCGUCAUCAUCCGUCCUUAUUCAAUUAAUAAAGUUACCGAAUACUUAUUCAGAGAAAAAUCAAAUCAAGCUUCCAGAAGAAAGUACUUACCGCGGAUCUACAGAAUUCUGGAAAAAACAAAUGCGAGAACUCGUCUGUCUUGUUAUCAUCUUCAUACUGUCUUCAAGCGCUCUUUAUCUUAUAUGGGUCUUGGGACCACUUCCUGAGGUAUUUUUUGUUAUCACUUUCUCGUUUCUUACAAGGGAAAGAGAAAUAAAAGUUUUAUUUUAUUCGAAAUCGAUGGUAAACUCUCUAGUUACCAACCAACGCGCUGGUAAAAUUCGAGAAAUUCGUAUUUCCCUCACUCUCGUUUUUUGUUUUUUUUUUCAUGUCGUAUUCAAAGUAAUUCCCGCACAGUGUAAAACUAUCUUGACUCUCCAAAAUUUUAGUAUCUUUCUUACUGUCUAACGGCUAUUUUGAAUUUCGCGGAAUUACCUUGAAAACGAGGCCAAAUUGGAUUAAACCACAAACAUAUUUUCUGAGAUCUCAAAACUGCAAAUAAAAACAUGAUUUUCACCAGUUGUUUAUAAUUCAUAAUUACUUUUUUUUUAAUUUUCUCAACUUUUUAGGGUGGGAAAAGGCCGAGUUUCCCUAGAGAUCUCGCCGGACUUCAACAACUGGCGCGAAAUCUCAACAGUUAUAAGUGGGAUUUUGUCAAUACAAAUCCAAGGAUUCUUAUUCUUGCAGAAAUGACCACUACACAUAUACCAUGGUCCUGUUUUGCAGCGCUUAUAUUUUCAAGCAGACUUUCGCGAUCCCCGGAUCGUUCUUUAUGGUCAGACCAUCGCAUUCUACCAAUAAAUUUUUGUGAAUUUUUUGCGAAAAAAUCCGUCAUUUCGAACACAAGCUCUAUAAGAUAUCUCACAAGGGAGGUCGUUCCACUUUGCGAUUGGGAUUGCCAUAAAAAUUGGCCAAAACACUUUUUGAUGUACCACAAAAGGAUCCUGAAAGUUUCAACCUGCACAACUUCCUGGUUUUUGAGAAAUUAGACCUCAAAACUCCAAAAAAAAAAAAGCUAAUUUUUACUGACUUUGGAGGUCCUUUUUGACUUUCUCUUGGACUUUCUCAAAGUUUUGAAAGCUGUGCAAGUUAAGAUUUUAAGGAUCUUUUCCUGGUAAAUCAAAAAGUAUUCUGAUCCGUUUUCGGGAAAUUUCUUACCGCGACCUUCCCUGUCGACUUUCAGCGUCUUUUAAUUUUUUGUUCAGAAGAAAAAUCGAUAUUUUUUUUAGUUUGUACACUUAGUUAUGUUAAAAUUUUUUAUUGAUUUACAGAUUUGAGAAUAAACCAUGUAAAACGUAAUAAACCUGAAAUUAAACAGAGAGAAGUAAAAUUAUGGUCAAUUUGAUUAAUAUCAUAUUCCACCAUUCCAAAAAACAAUUUGAAUGAGUUUUCCUAAAACUUCCUGACUGGCAGGUCUGCAUUAAACACACCAAUUGUAGAACUUGCUCGCAGGAGCCCUAUGCGGCCCUUGGCUUGGUGUCCUGCUAGUGACGACACUAACAUGUUUUGGAGCAUCAUUCUGCUUUAUUCUGUCGUCGAUUUGUGCUCGGCCCCUGGUGGAACGAUGUUUAGCGUCGCGACUGGCGGUCCUGAGGGCCAAGGUGGGUUCUAUCGAAAGCUAGACUCCUCUGAAGCCUCGCAGAUGUUCGGACAGCGACAUCGCCUGUGGCUCUUCCUGUUGUCGGCGCGCGUUUUUCCUUUCACCCCACAUUGGCUGCUCAAUGUCAUGAGCCCAGCGUUGGACGUGCCGCUUGCCACUCACGCCUUCACGGUCUCCAUCGGUGCGUUCUUUCUCUUUAUUUUUGUAUUUGCUGAUUUUGACGGUCAUGGUGACUUUUUUCAGGUAUGAUACCGUACAACACAUUAUGCGUUCGAGCUGGAGGUGUCCUCUCAAAGGUAAGUCCAUUUUAUGGUUUCAAAAAGUUUUGCGAGAAGAGGAGGUCCAGAAUAUUUUUUUUCUGACAUACAAGUGAAAAACAUACAGUACCGACCAUAAAGAUACGAACGCUUAUAUUUUUGACUAAACCUUUUUUCAAUCAAUCUCGAUUGCUGUGAAACUUUACAUAAAUAUGUAAUAUGACCCGAUACAUGUUACUUAAAACAAGAAAUCUUUCUAUCUAAACAAGAUUUUGAAACAUAGUCAAAAAACGAGACCCGCCAAAAACGCCUAAAGCCAAAUUUUUUUUGAAAAAUCCGCUACUCUGAAAAACUUCUUAAAGUAUAUCUCAAAGCUAUUUUUCUUUGUUCUACACGUGUAGGCUUCAAGCUUGCCACACGAUUCGAGAAACGGCCUAAUCACAUGCGCCCAAUAGUAACGUAGACACGGAUUUCUACAACUUGAAGCCAAGAGUCGAAUUAGCGCGCAGUGUAAUAAAGAUUCGACGGCGCGUCAUUUCCAAAACGAGAUUUGUGACAAGUUGAGUGUUGAGGUGAAAUCAGUGAGCGACGUGCUGGACACCUGGACACUCGCCGAACUUCUGUUCGUUUCCGUCGUUCUGCUGACCAUCGCGCGCUUUUCGAAAAGAAUCUCGCAGCCGCGAGGCAUCUCUUACCUGCCGACGGAACACGCGUCCGUCGACUGA